AUAGGACUUGAUUGAUUGAUUGAUUGAUUGAUUGAUUGAUUGAUUGGCGGUUGGCAUUAGUGGAUGGGUGGCGACGGAUAUGGGCAAAAAAAAAAAAAAAAAAAAGUGGGGGUUCCGACGUCUGAAACGAGGGGAGUCAACUUCGCGGCGAGACGGAGGAGGAGGAGGAGGGGGAGGAGGAGGAGCGGGAGGAGGAGGAGGAGGAGGAGGUCCCGGUAGAGGAGGCGGAAGAGGUCCUGACAGAGGAGGGGGAGGAGGAAGAGGAAAAGGAGGAGGGAGAGGAGGUCCGGAUCCAGGAGGAGGAGGAGGUCCUGAUAGAGGAGGAGGAGGAGGUCCCGAUAGAGGAGGAGGAGGUCCCGAUAGUGGAGGAGGUCCCGAUAGAGGAGAAGGAGGAGGAGGAGGAGGAGGAGGAGGAGGAGGAGGAGGAGGAGGAGGGGGGCGGAUGAGGUGGAGGCGCAUGCAUCCAUCCCGACCGACGAAUCAAUCAAUCAAUCAAACGGAGAAGGAGGAGGAGGAGGAGGGGGAGGAGGAGGAGGUCCCGGUAGAAGAGGAGGUCCCGAUAGAGGAGGUCUCGAUAGAGAAGGAGGACAAGGUCCCGAUAGAGGAGGAGGAGGUCCUGGUAGAGGAGGAGGAGGCGGAGGUCCCGAUAGAGGAGGAGGAGGAGGUCCCGAUAGAGGAGGAGAUCUUGAUAGAGGAGGAGGAGGCAGAGGUCCCGAUGGAGGAGGAGGAGGAGGAGGAGGUCCCGAUAGAGGUGGAGGAGGUGCCGAUAGAGGAGGAGGAGGCGAAGAUCCCGAUAGAGGAGGAGGAGGAGGAGGAAGAGGAGGAGGAGGAGGAGGAGAAGGAGAAGGAGGACGAGGUGACGAGGAAGAAGAAGAAGAAGAAGAAGAAGAAGAAGAAGAAGAAGAAGAAGAAGAAGAACAAUAGAAGAAGACGACGAGGACAACGAGGAGGAGGAGGACGACGAGAGACGAUGGCGGGAGAGGAGGAGCAGGGCUGACGACGAAGAGGCCUACCUAGAGAUGGUGUUGACGAUGGCGGCGUUGGGGUGCCACGUCCGCGCCAGUGCACACACGCGCUCGUCGACACGAUGGUCGCAGUGUA